UUGUCACGGGGAUUUGAUAUUGCUGGUAUGAGGUUAUGUUUAACAGGCACUUGUGAAUAAAGAAAAAUCCCGAUGUGUGGAAUAUUUUGUUACUGUGGUCCCUGGGCGGAAGAGGAAUUAAAACAAAAUUACACCUCAGAAGGUGUUUCUUGUUCGACGUGCUUUGAAAACAACAGAAGACGUGGACCAGAUGAUCCAAGAGCUUCGAUCUACAGUAGAGACAUAAAUGGCAAGUGGCACGCUAAAUUUGCAGGAUGGGUGCUGUGGACUCAGGGUUUCCAGAUGACUCAUCAACCCCUUCGAGAGUCAACCGGAAAUCUCCUCCUCUGGAAUGGCGAUAUUUUUUCAGGUGCUCUCGCCCAAAACUCAGAAUCUGACACUCAGCACCUCCACUCGGUCCUCCAGACCUCCACGAAUAUUGUGGACACUCUGGCAUCCAUCGAGGGUCCAUACAGCUUCAUCUACCAUGACGCAAGAACAGACUCUUUGUAUUUCGGAAGGGAUCCCAUCGGUCGACACAGUUUACUCGUGAAUGUUGUGCCAGAAAAAAGAGUUCUAAUUCUCUCAUCAGUUGCUAGUAAAAAAAUGCAGAAUUGGAUGGAACUCCCGGCUCUGGGCAUCUUCAGGAUGGACUUGACAAGGGACGACCUCAACCUGACGCUAUUCCCCUGGGAGAACAUCCCAGAAGCCAUUCAUCAGCUUGAGGAAGAUUUGAACAUGAAGAUAAAAGUGGAAGCACCGAUCGGUUCUCUGGGAGUCAACGAUAUCACCUCAGAGCCCCAGCUAGAGGAUUUUGUAUUCAUGAUUCCCAUCGAUGAUAAAAACAUUGAAGUAACCAUGGAACGCCUUCUACGUGAUGAAGAGAUCUCCAAACGUGUGGAAGAAGUAUCGAAACGAUUGAGAGACUCUGUGAGACUCAGGGUUGAGAAGAAACCCAAUUACUGCAUGGAUUGUAUCAAACUUAAGUUGGAGAUGAAUGAGGUGAACUGCACGCAUUCGAAAAUAGGAUUAUUGUUCUCUGGGGGACUUGACUCGACUAUUUUAGCCGCUAUAGCUCACGAAUUUGUGCCAGAAAAGGAAAGCAUUGACCUGAUCAAUGUUGCGUUUGAAAAAGGCGAGAAAGGAAGUAAGAAAAUCAAAAGAGGGGACAAAAAUGAUGAAGAGAAACGAGAAAACUUUGACGUUCCUGACAGGAAGACAGGAAGACAAGCUUUUGAAGAAUUGAAGAGACUUUUUCCAAGAAGGCAAUGGAAUUUUGUUGAGAGUAAUGUGACUCGAUCAGAGCUUGAGGAGUGUCUCAGAACGAGAAUCUGUCAUUUGAUAUAUCCUCGCCGAACAAUUCUCGACGAGAGUCUCGGUUCUGCCCUGUGGUUCGCAGCGAGGGGUUCUGGAACUCUCGCUGGUACCAGUGAGUCCUAUCAAUCUCCAUGCAGAAUUCUGCUCCUGGGAAUGGGAGCUGAUGAGCUGUUUGGAGGAUACACCAGGCACAGAACGAUAUUCAGACGGAAGGGCUGGGAGGGACUCGGUGGUGAAUUGAACGCAGAAAUCAGAAGAAUAUCUGAACGGAACUUGGGGAGGGACGAUCGAGUGGUUGCUGAUCAUGGUAAGCAGUCUAGGCUGCCUUAUCUAGAUGACAACUUCGUAAGAUACGUUACGAGUCUCAAACCCUGGGAGAGAUGCUGCCCCAUAGACAGAAUGCCCCCAGGUCUAGGUGAUAAACUACUCCUCCGACUUUGUGCAUUUAAACUCGGUCUCAAGGAGACAUCAGCUUUUCCGAAAAGAGCAUUUCAAUUCGGCUCGCGAAUUGCCAAAAGUCACGAGAAUGCCAGUGAUAUAUCAAAGUGGCUCAUGUGGUAAAUAAUAGCUGAUUGCGUCAGCAUAAAAUUCAUGGGACCGCAAAUUUAAACAUCUUACGUAAUAAUUAUGAACGCACGUCAUCAGUUGAUCGGAAUGUCGAAUAAAAAAAAAUC